AUGGCGACGAUUGACGUGAAAGAAAUUUUACGGCCCACUUUGGAGCCUGCUGAAAAGAGGCGACGUGUAAAUGGCGAAACCGUUACAACAAAUAAGGAAUCUUCAAAUAUUGCAGACAUUCUUGCGGCAUUAGAGCAAGAUGAUUCUCAGACUGCGGUAGUGGAUGAGAUGGCUGUGAAACAUAUAGUUCUUCAACUAGAAAAAAAAAGUUUGAAGAAUCGUGAAUUGCGUAUCAAAUACAGUGACGAACCGGCAAAAUUCAUGGACAGUGAAAUCGAUCUAAAUCAAGCAAUACAGGAGAUGCAUGUUCUUGCAACGCAGCCUGACCUUUACGGGGUACUGGUUGACCUUAAUGCGGUAACCACACUUUUGCAAUUGAUGGGCCAUGAGAACUCAGACAUUAUUGCUGCCACAGCAAAUCUUUUACAAGAAUUGACAGACGUUGACACAGUAAAUGAAGAAAGCAGUGGUGCUUUGCGCCUCUGUGAUGCUUUGAUAGAGGGUCAGUUGGUGGAAACGAUCGUACAACAGAGUAUUGAACGUCUUGAUGAGACUAUUAAGGAUGAAGCAGAUGCAAUUCAUAACGCGCUUUCAGUCAUUGAAAAUGUUUUGGAAUUAAGGAGCGAGUAUGCAGACGUUUGCGUCGAACAAGGUCUUUUCACCUGGUUGCUUCGUAGAGGCACGCAGCGUGGUACUUUAGAUGCUAACAAAAUGUACGCGAGCGAGUUGCUGGCUCUGUUGCUUCAAACAUCUGAAUUGGCAAGGAAGCGACUUACUGAGAAAAUAGAUGGAUUUGAUUUUCUUCUUAGGGCCCUUGCAUCUUAUAAACGUCGUGAUCCUGGCAGUCUGGAUGAACGAGAACAUAUGGAGAAUCUUUUUGAUGCUGUUUGUGCUGCGCUGAUGUAUGCACCUAAUCGUCAGAAAUUUAUAGAAGGGGAAGGUUUACAACUUAUGAAUUUGAUGUUAAGAGAAAGGAAACAAUCGCGAGAAAGUGCCUUAAAGGUUCUGGAUUAUGCAACCAAUGGUCCUGAAGGGAAAGCGAAUUGCAAUAAAUGCAUAGAAAUAUAUGGUUUCUUUUAA